UUUGGACACCUUCUCUGUUCCGAGGUUAUUGCUUGGUCUGCACUUUUCCUUGAUUCGUGAUAUAUAUCAGUGGAUUUAUUUAAUCACAUCCACUCCCACUCAAAUAAGCAGCAAUAUGCAGAGAAUGAAGGCAAAAUCCCUUCCGUUGAUCAUUAUAAUAAGGGUUCUCCCAUGUUGGAGGGGUGGGGGUGCUUCACCCAAUCAGAGAUACUCAGUAACCCCAAGCUCUGAUGUUCUUAUUCCACAACCGGUCCCCUUUCAGCUUUGGUUUCUGUAUCAGCAUGGCAGCUCCCAUGUGUACUAGAUGCACCGUUGCAACAAUUAACCAAUUAAAACGUGGGUUUCUUUCCCUUUAAGUGUUGCCAGGGCAUGGAUUUAAUUAUGACAUAAACAUGAGCGUUUGGUGCUCCUGGCCCUUUAAAAUCAGGGAGCAAGGUAAAGGGUUAAGGAAGAAGGUAAAGCAAGUGUCUGGGGUGGCUGCAGCUGUUUCCAGAGAAAGGGAGGCGUGGCUGAUGGGAGUGGGAGGAGCCAGGUUUGUGCUGAAUCUGUGACAUUCAUUAGAGCACAGAUGCUCAGCGUGCUGCCUGCCCAAUCUCUUACACCUCCUCAGAGAGAGCAGCGAGUAAGGCCAGCGCUGAUACUGGGCAUAAUAUAUAUAUAUAUAUAUAUACACAAAGCUAAACUGGAUCAGCCUCCCCAGAAUUAGAUUUGUCUGCAUGUCCUAAAGACCCAAAACCCUGUGCUGGAUUAUUAUCUCCAGAACCAGCCCUCCUGCUCCAUCUGGAAUCAACUGCAUCCCUGUGAUGGUCAUCAUCAGAUCCAUACUGGACCAGGCCUGGCUGUGAGUGACCCAAAUUUGGCUCAGAAGACACCAUUGUCAUCAGAACCAACUAUAACCCAAGUCAGAUCAAAUAUCCUUCAUCAGAACAUUUCUGACCCAACUCAUUCUCAAGGCCUUUAUCGUCAGAACACUCUCAGGUCAGGACAAGUCCAUCAUCCAAAGCUUGGAACGUAGAACCAUCAGAACCACCUAUAACCCUGGUCUGGUUGACAGAACUCACUCAUCAUCAGAACCGAUUGUAUCCCAAAGCCUGGGAAAUUCUAUGCAGGGAGCCUGGGGCCAAGAGGAGCCGUAUUUACUCCAGGUUGGACUCUCGAGGGAUCAGAACCAGCCCUGCUUUGAACGAAUCCAGGGCAAAGCUCAUUGACUUCUGAAUAAACAGAACCAGCUCUGGGCACAAUACUGGGAAGAUGAGACUCUCCUUGUACUGACUCCAGUCCUGACCCACAUUGCAGCACCUUGGACAGGAGCGAAACGCACAAAGGUUUCAGGAAUCCCGGCAUGUCAUAGGAUCAGCAUUAAUGGGAAGAAAGAACAAUAGAUUCCCUUCUUCUCACAAGGUUAAUUAUCUGCCGCCUUUGCUGGGAAGAAGCUGCAAGGUUUUUCUUCGCGAUUCCCAGGAUCUGGAAUGACAACCAGCAGCUUCCUUACUUUAUAAGUGUUUCAGCUCAGCUCUUGAAGACUUCUGCUCUGAAAUCAGAAGCUUAGCGGCCAUGGGGACUGUCCUUUCCUUAUCUCCUAGCUACCGCAAGGCAGGGCUGUUUGAAGGAGGCUCAACAAGCGUCGGCCACUACACGGCUGUCCAGAAUAGCAAGAAUGGAAAGUCUCUGAAGAGGCACUCCAUUAUUUCUGUUUUGCCAUGGAAACGACUUGUGGCUGUCUCAUCCAAGAAAAGGCAACCCAAAAAGGGUCAAGCCAACAGCAGCUACCAGAACAACAUUACGCAUCUCAACAGCGAGAACCUUAAGAAGUCCAUCUCAUGUGCUAACCUAUCUAGCUUCACUCAGGACACAAAGGACUCUGUUAGCAAGGGUGUUGGGUCUUCAUUUACUAAGGCAACUGGGCAGCAGACCCAUGCAUCUCCAAAACGUGUAGUGGUGCAAGCCUCCACCAGCGAGCUGCUGAGAUGUCUUGGGGAAUUCCUCUGUCGAAGGUGUUACAAACUCAAACAUCUUUCACCUACAGAACCUGUGCUGUGGCUUCGAAGUGUAGACAGGUCUCUUCUUCUCCAAGGUUGGCAGGACCAAGGGUUCAUCACCCCAGCCAAUAUUGUUUUCCUCUACAUGCUAUGCCGAGAUGUCAUCUCCUCAGAGCUGAACACUGAACAGGAACUGCAUGCGGCCUUGUUGACCUGUGUUUAUCUGUCCUAUUCCUACAUGGGCAAUGAAAUCUCUUACCCUUUAAAGCCCUUCCUUGUGGAGAGUUCCAAGGAAGACUUUUGGGACCGUUGCCUCUCAAUUAUUACAACGAUGAGUGCCAAAAUGUUGAGAAUCAACGCUGAUCCCCAGUAUUUCACCCAGAUCUUUGCCGACCUUAAGACUGAAGGCAGGCGAGAGGAUAAAAAUCGACUCCUGAUAGGGCUGGACCGAUGAACGAGAGCAAGUGAAAGGGACAAUAGGACUCAGUGGGAUACCUUGUUGUGUGCUGAGAUAUCUGAUGAGUGUGAGUUGAGCACCAUUGUUUUGAGAAAGCGAUAGGGUUUUGGGAUCCGGCAGAUACUGUGUUAUUUACUCACAUGUGCAGGUCAGUGGUUUAUGACUCUGUUUUCCUCGCCAGGUGCGUCUGGAUAGUUGUCGAACCGGAUUCCCAAAAUGCUUUCCUGUGGAUAAGUGUUUUAUGUUUUCAUUUAUCAAUUGUUUUGCACAAAUGGUACUGUCCAACAACUGAGCCAAUUUCUAGGUCAUUUGUGCACUGCCUCGGUGCUGCUGCACUUUGAGUUCCCUGUUUUGUCGGGACCUUGGUCCCAGUCGGACAAAUGGCGGAUGUGAUUUGCUUAGAGGCUAACACUAAUCUGUCAGUCUAAACGCCGCCUCACUAAGCACCUGGUUGGAAACCAUAAUUAACCUUUGUAAUUAGAUCUGUUCUUUCAUGUGCAUCGUCGUUAACCUUUCAGGCAAGGCUGACAGACUCCCAUGUAACCAGUUUCUGGUGCAUUCUACUGUAGGGUUGGCUUUACCAGCAAGUGGGUUGGAUCAUUCGUUCCUGUUAAUACUUCCAACCUCUAUUAGCAAUAAUGCCAUUGUCAAACACUCAACACUGAUGCACUAUUAAGUCCCUGUCCACUUGUCUGGACUACAACUACCAGCACUCCACACUCAACUGGUGUCACUAGAAAUCUGGGAAUUGUAGUCCAGCACAGAUAAGGUUGCCACCUUUUCUGGGAAAAAAAUACCGGCCUUCCUAUAUAUUUAUCUUUUAUCCCUAUUAAUAACAUUGGGAUCAGCCAUCAUUUUUACCGGCCAGUCCGGUAAAAUACCGGCCAGGUGGCACAGGCUCUCCAGAUGUUGCUUUAACUUCAGCAAUGGGAGACAUCUACUUGGACAUUCCAUAUGUAAAAAAAACAUGAUCUUCAAAACUUCGAGUCUCCAACCCCGUUUCUGGUUUUGAAUGUUGGCUGCCAAGAGGUCAACCUAAAUUAAAUGUGAAUUAUUGGGUGGCCCUUGUUUCUUCAAGGGCUCGUUUACACUACAGACGUCGGUCUGCCGAUGUACCAUGCGCUGACUAGUUGCACCAAAGUUGCAGAUGGUUCAUCUGGACAUGAAACUCACAUUCAACCUCAGUAGAGGUCAGUAAAUAGAAGUGAUACUUGAUCACUUGAUUUGAUUGUCCCCAUUGUAACUUGACCUGUGCCUGUAGUGCGACCCAGCCCUAGGGGAACAGCUGCCUGCGGUGUUUGAGGUGGCGCACAGGAUUUUUCGUGGCCAUCUGCCUGAACUCAGGGACUAGCAUGAAGCGAGGGAGAGUCAGAUAUCCUAUGCUUAGAACAAUUUUUGUUGGGGAAUACACAAAUAUUGGAGUUCUAACAUACAAUCCAUGUGCCAUUAGUUCGUCAUUUACCAGUGCCACUUAACCAUUUGGCUGCUUGUAGGGGGAAGCACGGGGCUUGUGCGGCUAAAGGGUUAACACAUGGGCAUGCAAGGGGAACGUUCUCUUUGUUUAUAUUACAUGUGCAGUAUUAGAACAAAAACAGUGACUGUAUUAUUGUGAGAAGUAGUAGUAUUGUUUUUGUGCAAGUGUUUUUGGGAAUGGAGUGUUGUGAUCUGGGUACUUGCCCGCUGCGUGUGUCGGACCAGGGUGGAGCACGGUGCAUUCAUUAUGGGAGAAGGUGCAGUUGUUUUGAUACGGCCAAUGUUUAGUGACAUACAGAGAGUUCAUGCCCUGUAGGUUAAUAACAGAUGGGACGCAUUCUCCACCAUCAACUUCAGGAACCUUCUAAUGAUAGGCUUCUCCGCAAGGGUGUGACCUGGAGCUGCACUGGAGCUGCUGUUCCAAUCCAGGUCAUAUCCCUACUGGACAGCUGCAGAAUGACAAGUUCUUGGGGCCACUGCCAACAUUCCCAUAGACCUGGGCUUACUUGACCCAAUCUAAAUUUACUGUCAUUUACAUUGAAAGCAGAUAUAAAUCUCUACUCUUAAUAAGACUCUACUUAUAAGACCCCUUCUCUCCAGUAUAGGUGGCCCAAACUUCAUUACAGGUCCAACAGGACUUCCUCAAUGAAAUUCCUACCUAUCCGUCUAUCCAUCAGCCAUCUUGCUCAUAUAAACAACAAUGAGGGGAUCCUCUUGGUGGCCCUUAAGAGCCAAGGAAAAGAUGUCUCAAACAGUGUUGCUCAAUGUCAGUUCCCAUCAUUCUUUGAGCCGUAAUGGUUGGAAUAAGCCAAGUUAGAGUAGGGUCAACCAUAGCUGAACAACACUGUUAUGGACAAUUGUAUCCCCUUUAUUUAUUUAAUCUUUGCAAGGGCUGAAGUAACCCUUUGGAGACAGUGGAGCUAAACAUCGUUUCUAGAGUCGUAUUGACCUACCCGGAUACCAGGGAAUCUCCCAGCAGGCAGCAAUUCUUUUAUUUCCGCCAUGAAACCAAGUCUUGCUAAUAGCAUUUUGUACAUGUUAUAGCUAAUGGAUAUUUGGAAGGCCUCCUACCUUUGUAGAGGUGGGUAGGUUGUGUUAGGGGUAGCAUGUAUAUUAUAUAUUCAUAUAUCUGUAGUGUAAUGAAUGCACAGAGCCAAACCCCGGGCCACAUACAUAAGCUGCAUCUGUAUGCUAUUGAGUAGGAACAACUACUACCACCCAGGUCACAUGAAGACGCAUUAGUUACAUACGUGUUGUGUGUUUAUGUGUGAGCGUGUUUGAGUCACAUGAUGAGCAGAGAGGGUCGCGGAUAAGAAGGAAAAAAAAACUCCAUUCCGUGCUGUAUCUCUGUCCCUUUAAUUUAUUUUUGUACAGUGAAAAUGAAAAUAAAGAUACUGUGUGUGAUCA